UGCCGCUUGAUUACAAUUUGACUAGUAAGUACUAAGUACUGAAUGAACUUGACUACAUGUUUACAAGGGGCUUCAACAUGAGAACAACGACAUCGCCACCCUACCCAUUCGUCCAAAGGAGAGGGCUCCUUAAUAUUAUAAUAGCAGGAAUAUCAGGCUCGUUCUCAUCUUUCACAUUCGACUCGAUCUUGGCGCUGAUGUCCGCACUAUCACCGACCUCAAGCUUCUUGUCUCCUUGGCCGUUCUUUGCAGGUCCUUUCUUGCAAGGUUUGGGAGUUGAUGGUCGGUUGGUGUUUAUUUUUGGGGGCCAUGGUGUCGACUUGGUCUUGGCGCUGAUGUCCGCAUUAUCGCCGAUCUCGGUUCAUAAUCGCUUCGAGUGGAAGCGAUUCUGACGAUUCUGAGCACCCAAAAUCGUAGUUUGAAUUACUGACAGAAUCACGUCACAACCGCCGACUCUGACUGCCACUAUUA